CCCAAUGCAGCAGCAAAUGGGUAAAAACGGUGGAUUUUGCCAGGUGAAUAUUCAACCAGGCAUGGUAUCGCACAAGAAGGGGUAGGCCGGCUGUAACCACACUUUUGGCAAGCCAACAUGACGCAAGGCAAUGGGUGCAGUGGAUGCUCGCCGCGAGGCACACGACAAAGCGCUUUCCCUGAGCUGACGUCUAUCCAAUAACGUGGAGGAUGACAUUGCAGCCCGCCGAAUACCCAGCCAUGGGACCGUGCCAUGCAUCCAUCAAUCUCCAUGCUCAUCCUACCACUACCGUGUCUGCACUUUGGCAACCCCGCAGCCACUCGGGGAUAGCAGCCCAUCUCGUCGUCGUCGUCGUCCUCCAAGCCUGGGAAGAAGAGAUGACAGGCGACGAGUCGUGGAUCCGGAGUGCCUGCAUGACACAAAGCCUUGAUGGGCAAUUGUGGAAUGUUGCAAACAAACCAUCAUCCAUCCAGCGAGCAAGCAAACAGCAAAGAAAAAACAAGCAGACGAAGAACGCCCAGCGAAUAAGCUGGUACCACCCGCCGGCCGACGCGCCCAGUUCCGGGUUAAUCUGCACUCGCACGCGCCCAACCCCUCCCCGCCGCUCCUUUUCGUGUCAUGUUCGCGCAAAGUGCUUUUUUUUUUGGUUUCGGCCCUCUCCCUUGCUUUUCUUUUCCCUUGUUCGAAUUCUCUCUCUCUUGCAAGUUUCGCCGGUUUUGCUACGUCCAAACAGCGCAUUUAUCUAAUCUUGCCUUAUUAACGUGCUGCGAUUUCUCUGUUUCUUUGCCAUUUUGCCAAAACCUUUUUUGUUCUUGUUUUUUGUUUUUAAAUCUGCUUGCUGUUGGGUACUGCAUUUUCCGACGAUUCGCAUACUGCUGCAGGAUUUUGUUUUUUACAUGUACGCCGAUACAUACAUACGCUAGUAUUAUAUACCGUAUUGUUAUAUUUGUCAUUCUCCAUGUGUAAUAAUACGACCUUCCGAGGGGGUGCGAAGAUCUGCGGAGACCGAGCAUAGCCUCUUCGCUUAGCUCUCUCUCUCCCCAGCCUUGUCACUUUCUCAGUCUUGCCUUGCCUUGCCCCAUCGACGAUCGCCGUCCACCCUGUCGUUGCUCCGAACCCACCCUCGAAACUGACUCUCUUGCCAAACUGCUGUGUGCGCCAGCCAGUAAAUAAUACCUUGCGUGCCGACGAGAAAAACGUCCUCAGCAAUAUACGUACACCUCCACAUUCUUUUUCGUUGACUCGGAGAAUCGUGGUAAUGUAUUGUGCUGCUACUCUACUAUUGACUUGGGAGAAGCUACUACGUGAUAAGCGUAGUAUAAGGGGAUGGGAAAACUCUAUUGGAAAUUC